UUUCAAGCUCUCAACCAAUCCAGAAGCAGCCUCCGCUGGUUUCUCUCGAGAAAUAGGCAGGCCAUUAGUGUGUCGUUUUUUAUGAGCUGUACAGACUGAAUUUUUUUUAAAACAGUCUUUCCGAAACAGAAAUUUUUCGACUGAACCAUGGCAGCCAAAGGCGUGGGAAGGACCAGUGGCACAGUCUGCGACUAUCCUGAUUUUGAUGCCAACCAGGAUGCUGAGAUGCUUCACAAGGCGAUGAAAGGAUUUGGAACUGAUGAAGAUGUCAUAUUGGAUAUACUGGCUCAGCGAAGUAACAAUCAAAGGCAGCAGAUCAUUCGUGCCUACAAAACUGUAAUUGGAAAAAACUUGAUUGAUGAUCUGAAAUCUGAGUUGUCGGGGAAGUUUGAAUCCUUGAUAGUUGCCCUCCUGCUUCCUCCAGAUCGCUAUGAUGCCAAGGAAUUGCAUGAUGCUCUGAAGGGUGCUGGAACAUCUGAGGAUGUCUUGAUUGAAAUCUUAGCAUCUCGCAACAACACACAAAUACAGCAGAUUGUCAAAGUUUAUAAAGAAGACUUUGAAUCUGAUUUGGAAGAGGAUAUCUGCUCAGAUACAUCUGGCUACUUCCAACGAGUUCUGGUUUCCCUAGUUCAGGGUAAUCGUGAUGAAGGGAAUGCAGAUGAUUCCCAAGCAGAAGAUGAUGCUAAGGCGCUCUAUGAAGCUGGUGAAAAUGCAUGGGGCACAGAUGAAGAAAAAUUCAUUGCUAUUCUGUGUUCAAGGAGUGUUCCUCACCUAUUAGCAGUAUUUGACGAGUACCAGAAAAUGAAUGACAUUGACAUUGAAGAUAGCAUCGGCAGUGAAUGUUCUGGCACUCUGCAGCAAGUUAUGCUGGCCAUUGUCAAAUGUGUGAAGAAUACACCAGCAUACUUUGCAGAAAAGCUUUAUAAUGCAAUGAAGGGUGCUGGAACAGAUGACAACACACUGAUGAGAAUUAUGGUGUCCCGUUCUGAGAUUGACCUGGUGGAAAUAAAAGCUAUCUAUAAGGCAAAAUAUGGUGACACCCUAAAUUCUUCAAUUGUGGGUGAUACAGGUGGUGACUAUAAAGACACCUUAGUGAAGCUUUGUGGUGGUGAUGACUGAUGGAUUGAUUUGUUUUUCUCUCCGGAUCUGGGAAUGGACCACAAGGCAAAUGUUUCUAGUUUUGUCGUCUUAUAGCUAUUAAAAAGCCAGCAAUCCUCUAUAUACAACUACAAUAGAUAUUUGAAUGCACUAGAUUAUGGCUCAACUACAAUAUUGAGGAUGCAAUUGCAUUUCCAGUAUGCAAGGUAUGCUUUUUAAAGCCACUGUUCAUGGAGUGUCUCCAUCCACGUGGUAUUAGCACUCUUUUUCAUGUAAUUCAUUGUCCACUCCAUGAAUUGAAAAGGAUAAAAAUACUUUAUAAUGAUGAGUGAAAAGGGAUCAACUUUCUGGUGCAAUGCACUUAAUUUUAUUACAUUCCACUAAACACAGGCAGCAAACUAACAUUCUUUUGGAUUUGGCCAUGACUAAACCUACAUGUGCUAUUUUCUAGUUAACUUUUUGAUAUAAACUGCCAAUGUUCGCAUGUGUUUAAUCUAUAUCUUGUGUAGUGAAUAUUAUGUGCACAAGCCUAAUUGGGUAUGUUUUGAUCUCCAUGCAAAGGGCCAUGAUUUUGUGAUCAAGCAGAUUUGGUGUAAUCUACUGUACUUUUCCCCUCCUUAUUAUCAAAUAUCAAAAAGCUCAAAGCUUGCACUUUUUUCCUUUUGGUCUAUGAAGUAAAUUUGGAGGAAGAUUAAGAAACUGCAAUUAAUUUUACUGAUGGAGUUGUUUCACUGUCCUGUGGACUAUCCACAUGAAGCAACAUCCUUGCCCCAUGUGAAAGGACCUUGCAGUUUGAGAUUUUGUUACUUUUUUCUCCUGGCCCUUUGGGGGUUUUUCCAUCCACUGAAGAGAUGGCAUUAAACAUUAAUUCACUGGUCUCAUGGCAUUCCUCUCUGGCAAGCUAAAAUUGCCCCCAGAAUUUUGAUCUUUCUGCAAAUCUACAUUAACCAAUGUUCCAAUAUAUUUUGUAUAUAUUGGACACUCACUUCAAUGCCUGCUAAGCCCUGGUCACAAAGUCACCGUCCUAUUAUGCCUCAUGCUCUGAAAUAUUGAUCAUGUGGUUGACUGUGGGAUGUGCAAACUAGAAGUAAGACUAACUUGUGUGCACUUAUGCCCUAAGAUUAACUGGUUAAGAUCCUUUUCUCCUCCAUUUUAGUUUCAGUCUCCUAUAUGCAAUGAAUGAACACUUUAAGAUAAAAAACAAAGUUGGUUAUUCCUUGAGCUUAGAAUGUACGUGACUCAUACCUUGUAAUGGUGCUCCCAGAGAGAAAUAAAAUUUGUCUGGAAGUA